AUGUCAAUACCGUCGCGAGAUCGUGUUCGAAUCUACAUUCUGGGGUUGGUGAUCUCUCUAUCUUGUGGCUUUAAUCCGGCCUUCUCGAACACGUACAUGAAUGGCUCUGUAAAUACGUUCAAACAGUUCCUGAAUGAUUCUUUUAUCAGAAGAGAUCAGGUGUUGAGUCAAUCUGGGUAUUCAUGGCUGUGGGCGACCAUUCUGAACGUUUGGUUCCCUGCCUUCUUAUUGGGACAGUUUUUAAAUCCGAUUGUUAAUGAAAAACUUGGACGGAAGUGUAAGUUUAUUGUAUAUAAACAUAUUGGUAGGUAUUAUUGCUUGAUUUUAUUAUACCUUCAUGAAGAAGAAUUGGUGUUUUACUUAACGUUUACUGUGAAUGAAUACAGUAACUAAAACAUUACAUAUAAAAUACGAGGUUUUCUGUAAACAAUAUUUUUAGUAGGAUCGAUUGUGUUUAAUGUGCUGGCGUUAAUAGCCAGCUCUUUACGCUUUGUAUCUAUAUUAAUAUAUUCUCCAGAACUUCUGAUAGCAUCUACAGUACUGGCGUCAGUUGCAUCUGCCAUUACUUAUAAUUCUAUGAUAUUAAUGCUACAAGUAAGUUUUAUUCAGGGCUUUGAAAGUUCGUUGUGAGAAAUUAGCUCAAUACUUUUUAUACCAUUUAAUCCAUUCUUAGUGAUUGGUCGCUGUAAAGUAAUCUUUUGUAAAAUAAGAGUUAUAAACACGUAUUUUAUACUUUUUUUAACUGAAGAUGCUUUAUUUUCCGAAAAUUGUUAAUCAGUUUGGUAGUACAAUAUAAUGUUUAUAGGAGUGUGCCCCAACGACGUUGAGAGGUAAUGUAGCGACAUUAGCCGAGAAUUCCUACGCUUUUAUCAGUUUGAUUGGCAUAAUAUUAAGUUUGGAGUCUGUGCUUGGAAGUGAUCUCAGAUGGCUUACGGCUUUUGCUUUAAUACCUUGUAAGUACAUUUUUUGAAAAUAUUACUGUUGCCGCAGAAAUGACUGUCAUAAGCUGUGAAGUAUCAGGUCGUUCAAAUAAUUCUGGGCUUCAACCCCGAAAUUUUGCAUCGAGGGAGGGCACAGAAUUAUUUGAAUAGUCUGUUAAAAAGUAUUUUGAAGUUUUAGAAUGGCCAAAAUGCACUUUUUUAAAUUAUAGUCUCAGUGUCAUGUAGGUGCCACUUUGAAGAUUCGAAAGAGUUGCAAUUUGUGUUUAGGUACCUUGGCCAUAAUAAUGAUGAUACCAUUGCACGAAACACCGAAGCAUAUUUACUUGACGACUAAAGACGUUGAGAAGACGCAUAGAAGUAUAUAUUUUUAUCAUGGUAUGUCGACGGAUGUUAAUGAAGUUGUGGAAGAGAUGAAACUGGUCAGUCUAUAUUAAUAUAUGCUUUUUAAUAAAUGGGUCGUUUAUAUUAAUAUUUUUUAAAUUUAAGAUAAAUAAAGGACAAAGGUCUAUUGCUGACGGUAACGUUUUUACAGGAAAUAAACAUUGAAAACGAAGAAGAUUCAUCGGUUAAGGAGAUUCUGAAGACGCCACAUCUGCGCAAAGCUUUUGUUUUAGGAUGUGCUGCUCUGUUGGUGAGUUGAUGUUAACAUCCAUACCUAUUAUGUUAUUCAAAUAAUUCUGAGCCUUUAACCCCGAAAAAUUUUUUGAGUGGGGGAGUGGGCACUGAAUUAUUUGAACGGUUUGAUGUAUACUUUGCAAAGGGUACUCUCUUAAAAUUGUGCAAAAUUAGGUAAUGGAAAUUUUAUUGACAUUAUCUGUCAUCGAUACGUACUUACAUAUUCUAUCUCUGUAUAAAAAUCUAAUUACAGAACGUUCUGGGUAUUUGGCCGUUGAUGUUAUCAUCGACAGACUUUCUUCAACGAGUAGGUAUUACAUCUUCAUUCGCUUCUCAAUCCUCGAUUGUUCUAAUGGUACUAUACCUAAUUGGUGCUAUUGGAGCAUCGUUCUUUAUAAACAAUUACGGUCGCCGCCCAAUCCUGCUUCUCUGUGCUUCUGCUAAUGCUCUAUCUCUUAUCGGCUUUGUGUUGGCAGCUCGACUACAUUACUACCUCGACUUCUUCAAAUACUUUUGCAUAAUAUUCUUGAUAGCAUAUGCAUUUGCCUAUGGGUCUGGAGUUGGUACUGUUGUUUGGUACUUGAAUGCAGAGUUGGUACUACAACGACAUCGGUCAAGGAUUCAGAUGAUGUGUAGUGUGUUUAUCUUUCCCAUCAUAUUCAUAACUACAUUUACACUGUUUUCUUUGUACGAUGUGAUAGAAGAGUACGCUUUCUUGUUGUUGUUUGUAUUACCAGCAGUUGGAUCUAUUGUUUAUCUGUAUAAAGAGCUACCAGAGACUGGAGGUAGAGAGAUUCAUGACAUUGUCAGUGAGUUACAGGCGAUCGCUGGAGAGAGACGAAGCACAGAGUCGACUGUGUCAACGUGA